AUGUAUGGCCUAUCGACAUCACGUUUUGCUGAGCAUCACCAGUCGACUAAGGCUUCACUGCGGGGCGCUAUUUUGAUAGCAUUACCCAAUUACUUGAUCCCUUCUCUAGCGUGGAUAAUUGGUGCAGCGCUGCUUCGGAUGGAUGAGGUUGCAGAGAGUUCUGAGAUGGAGAUGCAAAUUCGGACAAAGCCGCAGCUCGCCUUCAUGCGAGCACUGCCCGGAUGCUAUAUAAUGAAUGCGCCGCCCAUCUUCCCUCCAUAUAUCAUGUUUUCCGGGUUGACGCCAGUGAUCUGCGGGGUCAUAACAGCAAUGUGUGCUUGGAUACCAAUGUUUCCGCUGUUGGCAUGGCAUUCCUUUUACAUCCUCAGCGAUCAGCACACACUGAUGAGCGCGAAAACCCGGGCAAUGCACCGAAAAAGUCUGCAGGUUUUGAUAAUUGGGGUGGCAAUUCCAUUGCUUUCGGUUGUCGGUCCCUACCUCGCCGUGGUGGUGAUCGUGCUCGGGGAUUUCACCGUUUCUCAAAUCAACGCCAAAUGCCUGCGGCCCGGAAUCAACCCG